CAAACGACGACGUUUUUUCACACGACGGAUAGAAAAAAAAAACAGACCAUUUCCCAGAUUUUUUUUUUGAAACAUAAGGAAAAAAAAAUGAUCGGAGAUAUCUCCCCGCCGGUGGCUUCAAUCCCAGUUGUUGAAGGGAAUGAAGAACUGAGGAAGCCACAGUAUCUGCUUCCGCCGUUUUCAAAGGUGGUGUCUCAUUUUGGCACUAGUGGAUUAUCCGUUGCGUUAGCCACCGGCGUCACUCAUCCUCUCGAUGUAGUGAAAGUAAGAUUGCAGAUGCAGAUUGGUGUUUUCUGUGGCUGUUUUGUAGCACUUGUCAUGGAUGUUCAAGUUUCUUCUAAGGAAUAUGCGUUCUCCGAUAGUGAUCUUUGGAUAAUGCAGUAUAGUCUUGAUUUUGUAGUUGAUGUGGUGAAAGUAAGAUUGCAGAUGCAGCAUGUCGGCCAAAGGGGUCCUUUAAUUGGAAUGACUGGGAUCUUUGUUCAACUAAUGAAGAAUGAAGGGUUUAGGUCAUUAUACUUGGGGUUGACUCCUGCUCUUACUAGAUCAGUGCUUUACGGAGGUCUCAGAUUGGGAUUAUAUGAACCCACCAAGGUUUCUUUUGAUUGGGCAUUUGGAUCUACCAAUGUCUUGGUUAAGAUUGCCUCAGGCGCAUUCGCUGGGGCGUUUUCCACAGCAGUAACUAACCCCGUUGAAGUUGUGAAGGUAAGGUUGCAGAUGAAUCCAAACGCAGUUCCAAUUGCAGAAGUGCGGGAAAUAGUCUCUAAAGAAGGCAUAGGAGCUUUAUGGAAAGGAGUUGGUCCUGCCAUGGUUAGAGCUGCAGCACUAACUGCCUCACAGCUUGCAACAUAUGAUGAAACCAAACGGAUUCUGGUUAAGCGAACUUCUUUAGAAGAAGGGUUUCAACUUCAUUUGUGCUCAAGUGUGGUUGCAGGUGUCGUAAGCACACUGAUAACGGCGCCCAUAGACAUGAUUAAAACCCGCUUGAUGUUGCAGCAAGGUUCCGAAAGCACCAGAAUCUACAGAAACGGGUUUCAUUGCGGUUACAAGGUUGUUCGCAAAGAAGGACCUCUGGCACUUUACAAAGGUGGCUUUGCGAUUUUUGCACGGCUCGGGCCACAAACGAUGAUCACGUUCAUCCUAUGCGAGAAGCUAAGAUCACUCGCUGGACUUCACACAAUGUAGCCACUGACCGGUUCGUGCCAAGCUUGUCUGGUUCUAGAUAAGUUCUUCUCCAUUCUUUUUAUAAAAAUAAUAAUUCACACUAGGUGAGAUUUUUCAAAUCAAAUGUUUAAUUCAUU